AUGGAUUCGACGUCAUCAACUCUUCUUUAUCUACAAGAUGAAGCUCAUCGACGGAGUCUACAAGACCCGGAGCAGUUCUGGUCGCGCCAAGCCGAACGCCUUCACUGGCACAGGAAACCUGACACCGCACUCCGGACACUUCAGAAGAGUCUGCAAGGUGGCACCGUUCACCCGACCUGGGAAUGGUUCCCCGGUGGUGAAAUUUCAACUUGCUACAACUGCGUCGACAGACACGUCGCUGUGGGCAACGGACACGAACCUGCGAUUUACUACGAAAGUCCGGUCACCAACACAAAGGAGACAAUUACCUAUAACACACUCCUUAGUAAGGUUGAGACGCUGGCGGGUGUGCUGAGAGAGAAAGGGGUUAAGAGGGGUGAUGUGGUCAUGUUGUAUAUGCCCAUGAUCCCGGCUGCCUUGGUUGGCAUGCUUGCCGUCAAUCGUUUAGGAGCAAUCCACUCAGUUGUGUUCGGAGGAUUCGCACCAAACGCUCUCGCUCAGCGAAUUGAGGCUUGCAAACCUGAUGUGUUUCUCACUGCAUCAUGCGGCAUCGUCGGGAAUAGGCCACCAAUUGCAUACCAACCACUCGUCGCGGAAGCGAUGAAGCUUUCAUGCCACAAGCCUUCACACAUAAUCGUAUGGCAGCGCAACCAACUACAUUGGAACUUCCAGAAGUGUUCAAAUAGUUGGUGGAGGAACAUAUGGCGCUGGAUAAAACAGGUCUUCUUCCGUUGCAGGACAAACACCGCAAAGGAAUCAUCGUGGCAGGAACUGAUGACAAACGCCGGGUCACGGGGUAUCACAGCCGACUGUGUCCCGGUGCAGAGCAAUCAGCCGAUCUAUAUCAUGCAUACCUCCGGUACGACUGGAGCACCAAAGGGUGUGUUGCGCAAUUCAGGCGGUCACGCGGUUGGCCUACAAUUCACCAUCGAUUAUAUUUUCAACAUCACCGGCCCGGGACACGUUAUGUUUGCGGCCUCAGAUAUUGGUUGGGUGGUCGGCCAUUCUUACAUCUUAUACGCGCCAUUGUUGGCCGGGGCCGCCACCGUUUUGUACGAAGGCAAGCCUAUAGGAACGCCUGAUGCGUCUGCCUUUUGGAGAGUUGUCGAGCAGUACAAGGUGAACACCAUGUUUGCGACACCAACAGCACUGAGAGCCAUCAAGCAAGAUGACCCUAGCAAUGCAAAAUUGUCCGAGACUGGGGAGCGUGGAGGCUUGCGGUCUCUAGAAGCUUUGUUCCUCGCUGGCGAGCGGUCAGAGCCAACCCUAAUCUCCAUGUACCAAGAGCUGCUUGAUAAGCACGGUGGAAACAAGGCACAAGUCAUCGAUAAUUGGUGGUCAACCGAAGCCGGAUCUCCGAUCACCGGCCGAGCGAUUGCGCCUCAUACUGGGUUGAGGGAUGAGGUUACUACAAGUCAAAAGCUCCCUCCAAUUAAGCCAGGGAGUGCUGGAAAGCCUAUGCCAGGUUUUGAUGUUCGAGUCGUGGAUGAGCAGGGUGAAGAUGUACCAAAAGGGUCCAUGGGAAACAUUGUGCUAGGCCUACCUCUUGGGCCGACAGCAUUCAGCACGCUGUGGUUGGACGAGGAGAGAUUCUACAACAGCUAUUUGAAAAGGUUUCAAUCCCGGUUUCUGGAUACUGGAGACGCGGGAUGGAUUGAUCACGAUGGAUAUGUUCAUGUGAUGAGUCGAAAUGAUGACGUGUUGAACGUUAGCGCGUAUCGAUUGUCAAGUGGAGCUAUCGAAGAAGCUAUCUCCUCACAUCCCCAGGUCGCAGAAUCGUGUGUGGUUGCUAUCCCAGAUGAACUCAAAGGUCAACUUCCAUUCGCGUUUAUCUCCCUCUCCGUGUCGGACCACCCAGGCUCUGCUACACCAGCAGCGAACGUCGCGAAAGAGAUUCAAUCACUGGUCAGGAGCCGGGUUGGAGCAUUUGCCGCGUUGGGAGGCUUAGUACAGGGCAAAAAUAUGAUACCGAAAACGAGGUCCGGUAAGACAUUACGUCGUGUGCUUCGGGAGUUGGUGGAGAAUGCGGUGUACGGUGACUUCGAUCGGAGUGUUGAAGUACCGAGCACAAUUGAGGACGCAACGGCUGUAGAAGUCGCGAGAGCCAAGAUUCGGGAGUACUUCAACAAGAACACGGAGAGCUAG